ACGACGACGCACCCGCCACUGAGGUCACGAGAGUCGAGACCUGCCCUGGCGAGUUCUAGACCAUAAACCAGACUCGAUCCAGUUCUAUUAUUCCGGAGGAAAGUCCGCCAUUAGCACGCGCCAUCUGGCUCUCGCGGUAACGAAGUAUUGCAAUAUCGCGAACCCGGAGUUUCCCUUCGUCGAAGACGUGUUAUCGUCCUCAUCACGUUGAAGGUGCGACGGAUUUUGCUGGCAAGUCUCUGUCGUCAAUGUCUUCGAGAUUUCAGCUGAUGGAUUGAAGAACGUCUCGGCUGGCUUGGAGCUGGCAACUGCUAACUGCAGUUCUCCAAUGCAGCGCAAGCACUGUUUAAAAUUGCAAUUAGCUGUUUUUAUACAUUCAUGAUUAGCGUAAAAGCUUAUAGACUGCUAAUAGCAGUGUUAAUUCUGUGGAUAAAGUGCCUUCUAUGACAAUAGAAAUUCUCUUGGAAAUUUGUCGGUGUGAGGUUUAAAUUUAUAGUGUAAAUAAAUGAAGAGGUGAUUGUGGUGGAGAUCGUAGAAUGCAUAGUCGUGACAUUGCAAUCAGCAUUGGAUUCCUCACCAAUUGAGGACGAGUACGAGAGAAGUUACCAGGGAAGAAGAAAAAAUGCCGAACCCUGAAAUCAAUAAACGCGACCACAACUAUAGCGAGUCGGAACCUUCUCAGCACAUCAAUAAUGGCAACGGUGGCACUGUCAACAGAGGAACCAAAAUGACACCAGUCGUUGGCCAAAUCAGAGAUAUUGAUGAACUAAAGAAGAUUGCGCCACGUGUUCGUCUGCAGGAUGCCAAAAGUUUGAACGAGCUAACGAGGAUCUCUUCCUUGAGCAAUAACAGUAGUAGCAACUUGCAGGGGAAGUUGUCUAUCAGCGAAAGGACACGACAGGAACUGAUGAAGUAUUGUCGCACUUGUGCUGGUUUGAAACUACCCUUGGUGGACAUCUUCAGCGAGAAGGGCAUUCAAAUGCGAUUGAGCCAACAGAUAAGGCACUUGGAAAUGAUUGACCCUUACGACAGUCUCUCCACACAAAUGUGCAUGGAUUGCAUCUGCGAUCUUAAAAUGAGCUACAAAUUUUUCAUGCAGAUUAAAAAGGCCGAAGUGAAGCUCAAAUCCAUUCACGUGAACCUGACGACCGACAACACUGGGAAGAAACCAACAGAACCAAUCAACGAUCCGUCGACAACAAAGCAGCAGAGACAACUGUCGUCUUGCUUACAGAAAGGAGAGAAAAGACCGUUAUGUGAGAACCAAGAAGACUCACUCCCUUCAAAAAUGAAAAAGGAAUGUAAUUCACCUUACACAACUCGACAAAGCACCUUAUCUUCGCUUGCUUCCUCGGUGAAGCAAGGAAAUCGUACAAUUCCAAGAAAUCAGGAAGAAGAUUCCAUUUCCACUGUCUCGGGCAUUUUCUCAUUGAAAAAUCAGCUGAAAAUCGACUCGUGUGAAGAGACGGAAGCACGUGUGAUGAGCGGAAACAUCUUCGAGGAGGUGAUAAAAGAGGAAGAUGAAGAAUCUAUCGAGGAAUUUGAUCCCGAUGACCCAGCUUUCCAGGAUAUCGAGGAAGACGAGGCGGAAGCAUCUUUAAAAUCUCCGGUUGUUUACAAGUAUGACACAGGGACGAAGUUGUACGUGAGGGUGGAUGGGAAUGAAGGAAUCACCGUAAAGUCUGAGACUUUUCAAGAUACCAGAUCCCCCAUUCCACCAGGUGAGAGAGAGAACCAAAGGGAAGAAACAAAACCGGAUAUUUUGAAAAGAAGAUUACAGAUGCCAACACUGACGAUGAUGACGACGACAACGACCGCGACGGCAACGACGACAGUGACGGAAACGGGGACCGUGAUAGCGCCAACGACGAUGACCACGGCGAUUACAAUGACAAAAAAUGGAGAAAACAUUGAAACGCAAAAUGAAAUAGAGGGCACUUUAAAGGAGUGCAAGAUACAAAAGUUUGACUUGACUAAUCCGCUGAGCGUGAACAGUGCUCCAGAGGAAGAUGGUAUUAUGUACGUAACCGUGAAGGGGUCUAAGCCAAACGAACUUUUACUAGUAAAGGUGAAAAAAAUGGAUAAACCCAUAGAAUCGAAACGCAUAGUGAACUCUACCGAUGUCAAGCCUGUUGAUCGUUUUUUAAAACGUUACGACACGUUGGUGACGAGGGAAUUUCCAUCUCGUCGUACUGACGUGCGCGAGCAAAUAAUCGAGGAACAGAUCGAAGAGUACAAAAAGAAACGGGAAAAGAUUUUGGGAAACCAGACAACAACGACUUUUGCCGCGAAUGAACCAUCGCGAAAAGAAACACACGAAGAAGAAACAUCAAGUCUCAGAAAGACGGAAGAAGAAAUUGUAAUUGUAAGAGAGAGCAGUGAAGAGAAGAAGGUUAUUAAAGGAGAGCAGCGAAAAGACAUCGAGAUCGUUCAGAUUGAGGAGAGUCCGGAAAAGGCUUACGAUAACGCGGAUGAAUAUUUUUCGAAAUUUUCAAAAUUGAAGCAAAAGUGGGAGGAAACGAAACGGAAAAAGGAGAAUCCGCCGAAGGAAUUGGACGAAUCCUCUAUCGAAGGAAACUUGGAAAAGUUGGAGAGAAUUCUCGGAGAAAAGGAAAAGAAUCUACAGGAGUUCCAAGAUUACCUGAAACAACGCAAGAUUAUCCUUUCCCGUCUCAAGGACGAGGACGUGAUCUCCCUGUACGAGGAUCGAUUCAGUACCACCGUAAAGUCAUCGGCUAAACCUCUUCCAGACCUCAUUGAUACUCAACCGCCUGCCGAUCUCCUACCCGAAGAGCGGUACUUGGAAUGUGACUACUGCCCGGACACUUUUUCGAGUCGCGACGUGCUCGAGGAACACCUCAAGUCCCACGACUACCGUAUCCUUCACUGUUGCGACGACUGCGGCGAAGAGUUCCCGACCAAUAAAGCAAAACGGAGUCACAACGUGAUUUGCGUAAGGAAGCUGAUUUGCAAAUAUUGCGACAUAAUUUUAGAUUCUCGAGGGAAGAAGCGUCAACACGAGCAAAAGCACGUCGACACCAUGUACGGGCAACUUUGUGAGGUGUGUGGGGAGAGGUUCAAACACCAGGGGACACUCGAUCAGCAUCUGAAAACGCAGCAUACGAUUUUAGAGAAGAUUUAUCAGUGUCCGAAAUGCCCGAAACGAUUUGCAUUUAAGCAGAAACUGAGUUUCCACCUAAAAUCGGUUCACACAGCUCUGAGAGCGUAUCUUUGUGAAGAUUGCGGCGCCGAUUUCAAGAACCCAGCAAGUCUGAGGCAUCACAAGAUCAGGAAGCACCAAUCAGUUGGCAAUAAGAGGGAGUGUCCGGUUUGCAGAAAAUUGGUGCCGUUUUACAGCUUGUCCAAGCACAUGCACACCCACAAAUCUUACAGCAUUCAGUGCCCGCACUGCGACAAAAGGUUCAAGAACAGCUCGACUUUGAAGCAACACGUGAGGAUUCACGAGGAUCAAAGGCAGUAUCGUUGCGACACCUGCGGCGUUGGAUUUAAUCGGAGGGAUGGUUUGCGGCUGCACAUGCGAGUGCACGAAAAAACGAGCAGCAGAGGAUUGAAAGAGUGCUCGUGCCAAGUCUGCGGAGAAAAAUUUCCGAAUCAUUCGACCUUGGUAAUGCACAGAAACCGAAUGCACAAGGACGGGAGGCAGUACACGUGCAACAUUUGCAAUAGAUCAAUGGUCUCGGCGUGGUCGCUCGAGUGGCACAUGUCGCACAUUCACAACGAAUCGAUGCCAGGUAUAAACCGCGACGAGUCUGGUUUACCCGAGAAGAAACGGGUCUCCUGUUACCAUUGCAACAAGACGUUCAAAACGGAAAUGAUCCUGCGCACACAUAUCAAGAACACGCAUAUGGAGAAGGACCCAAUGAAAUGCGACGACUGCGAGGCGACUUUCACAUCGGAAGUGCGUCUACGUCAUCAUAUGAUGAUCACGCACAACCGUCUCGAGGGCACCUUGGCAUGCCCCCAUUGUCCGAAACGAUUCGUCAAUCAAUUGAGACUAAAGACCCACAUGAUUUCCCAUUCCGACGAGAGGCCUUACACCUGUGAGAUCUGUGGCUUCAACCUCAAAACGAAGAUACAGCUGAUCAAACAUCACCAGAAUCGACACAGCGAUGAGAGACCUUUACAAUGCAGGCAUUGUACCUGGCGGUGCAAGCAAGUAAGUGCCCUCGUCUGCCACGAGCGUACGCACACCAACGAACGCCCGUACUCGUGCAGCGUAUGCCGGCAGCGGUUCAAGUAUCUCGGCGAUAAGAAUAAACACGAGCGGCGUCACGAGAGCCUUGGCGGUUCCGGGUUCAAACGUAUCGUGCCUGGAAGGAACAUCAAGCCGAAACCAGCGCGCCGUGACAAUUCCUCGGGGUCCGAGCAAGAGCAGAUCUCGGCGAAAGAUUCCAUGAGCCAGCAGGAUAUCCAAGCUGCCGAGGAACAAUACGAAGAGCAACAGGAUGAGCAAAUUGUAAAAUUCGAACGAGAGCAGAUCGUCAAGUUUGAGGAGCAACAGGAAUAUGGACAAGUGUACGAGCAAGAGAACUAUGAAGAGACUUCGAGAGAAGCGUCGGAAGCCACAGAGGUGAUCAUGAACAUGGAAGAUCCCAAUGUGUACACGGAAGAAGUAACGGCCGACAACAUAGAACCCAGUGCGGAGAUGAUGACGGAUGAGAUGAUGACGAAUGAUAUUCUGCAAUCCGGCACUGCCGUGGUACAUCUGCAACGACAGGAUGAUUCGGGAAAGAUUCAAGUGAUACCCGUGGUGCUGUCCUUGCCCGAUCUAUCGGAUGCGAAUGCCGAAGUCAAUCUCGACACUGCAUCUAUCAUGUAUAAUAAUUAGAUUUUACUUUCUCUCUCUCUCUCUCUCUCUCUCGAGAGAGAGAGAGAGAGAGAGAGAGAGAGAGAUGGAGAAAGAAUUCUGCAUACAUUUAAUGUACUCGUAUGCACUUGCGAACACGAAUGUUUCUCAUUUCUGACAGUCGGGAUUUCUAAGGUGUGUGGAAUGUAAUGUUUAAAGUACGUUUAUAGCACCGAAGAAGAAGCAUUGAUACCUCUCAAGACUUUUAUACCUUUCAAUCGAGAAUCAUCGGAAUCCAAUGCAAUACUUUGCAGCAGUCUUUCCCGUCCAUAUUUUUUUCUCUCUUAUUAAAAAAAAACCAAUGUCAAAAUUGGUCAUAAAGAACAUUUUCGGAAUCAUAAGAAAGAUACUUUGAUGAUUUUAGAAAAUGAUGAUUUUAAAACCCGAAGAGGAAAAUAUUGAAGAUUAUGAAAUGUAAAGAGCAACCGAUGGAAGCUCUAAAAAAUUUAUUGUCGAGGAAAAUUGUAAUCGAGGAAAUGGUUGCAAGCGACUUGCAGGAGAAACAAUCAUAAUAUGAAAUUAGAAAAUGGAAGAUUAACAAGUGCGACAGAAGAAAGACAAGCUAAAGACCUUUGUGGAGACAAGACUUGAAGAAGUGAAAGAUUACAUAAAAUGCAAAGAGAAGCGAGAACUUUCGAGAGUGCUUAUUUUACAGAGUAGUGCAACAGCAUGUAAACUAUUUUGUAUAAAUCAAUGAGAAAGUAUGAGCAAGAUGUGUGUGUAUGUGUGUGUGUGUGUGUGUUUGCGCGCGUGUUGUGUGUGUGUGUUGCUAUGUAUUAAAUAUCAUUAAUAAUUAAUUAUUCAUUAUCCUUAUAUCGAUCUUUGUGAGUAUCAUGCGUUGCGCAUUUCUUCAUAACAACUAUCAGUCUGUUCUUUUUACAUGCUUUCUGCACUUGUUUAAAUUUUUCUCUUUUUUGGAUUGAAAGAUUAUUAUCGGCAUUAUUAUCUUUUUCAUUUUUCUUCCUUUUCUUGUUCCUUUAGCGCCCAAGCGCAUAUUAUCUCCAUAUAAAUGCAAUUUAAGAAAGGAGAUCGCAUCCACUGGAAAUUAUUCCUUUUAGCAACAAAUUCCGCACUCCCGUCUUCUUUUCUUUAAAUUGCGAAUGUAAAGAAUGUUUGAAUAAUGUUUGAUUGUUGAGUAAUAUUCAAUCAAAGCGAUGUAAAUACAGAAUUUAAAUGUCUGUCGAUUACUUUGAGUGCAGGAAGCACAACUAAAGAACAGAUGUAAUAAACUAAUAAUAAUAGGUGUGUACGUUUUAACUGCAUUUUCUAUAUCUUAUUUCCCUCUCCUCCGAAUCUCGAGUAUAUUUAUAGCGCGAAUUCGGUUGACACUGAUACGUUAGUACGCAUACUGAUUAUCCUAUGAUAUUUCUACAGAGAUGUGCAAGUGUAUGUACAAAUAUCGUCAAACGGAGUAUCCGAUGCGUCUCGAAUUUUAAGUAAAGUAGUACCGCGAGCACACACAUCGUCUAGAUGACACGUUACAGCUUCUACACUUCAAAAGAAUCGAAGUGGCAUUCUCGGUGAGAUGCAACCACUUACAGAACGCACGGAGAUGCAUGCAGCGUGCCUGGCAGAAAUUAUUCCAUUGUUUAGCGGAAUAAAUGUUAGAUAUUUCAUCGAUUUUACUUUUUCCAUUUAGAUGACGUAGUAAUAAAGUAUCUAAUAAAAUAGAUCGUUAUCAUAAAUUGGAGUACAAUAUGCUUUACGCCGUAGCGUGCAACCGAAUUCCCUAUUAGCCGUUUCAUUUUAAGUAUAUAAAUUAUAAGUAAGAAAACACGGCCAUUAUUAUAUAAUGGCUUAAUAUAAAGGCUAUGUACGUUUUGAUUGCAUUUUCUGCGCACUCUUGUAAUUUUCCCAUAUUCUUGUUUUCUUUCCGAAUAUGUAUUCUUGUUUCAUCUCAAAUGCAAACGGUGUAAUGUAAUGCAAUUAGGAAAAAAAACCAAUCUACACAUGUCUCUUAGUACACUAUUCUUAUGCCUUAUUGAUGCUUGUAUUUUAUCGAAAUAAUCAAGACGAUAAGAAGAAUAUACUUUAAAUAUGUUAAGUUAUUAGAUACGAUAUAUAUGUCACAUGACAUAAUGUACGACAUAAAACGCGUUUUUUAAGAUCCAA